GGUAGGACGAAUGGAAUAGACCGGUCAAGGUAUACUGUUAAAUAAGGGGGUGUACUUGUUUUCUUUUGCCAGGGAACUUAAAAAGAAAAGGCUGUCAAGAUGCCUGAGACUGGCGGCGCAUCAGUUGUUCCCAAGAAGGGCCUGACACUUGAUGACCUCAUCGCGGCCAUCGACCGACAUGAAAGGAACCCGAGCAACAUCCCAAAGGUCGAUACUUUCCAUUUUUGUGGGGAGAAAGUCUCAGAAUGGCUAGAGCGGGUGGAACAAGCUUUGGUCGGGCGGCCGGAUGUUGUAAAGUUUCAACCCAUCCUUCAGUAUAUCCUCCACAGCUACCAUCAGGAGGUGAAGAUAGUCAUAGAUGUGGCUCAAGGUAGCUGGGAGAGGUUUAAAGAGGGGAUGCAGAGGAAAUACCGCCUGGGAGAUGGGUUGUUGACUACCACGGACCUUGAAGCGAUGAACAAUGAGGAUUUUACGACUAUAGGGGCCUUUGUUCAAGAAUUUAAGAAGAGGGCGCGGAAGGUCCAUGGGAUUUCGAAGGAAGCACAGUCCGCCAUCUUCCUGGGGCUACUCACAGCAUCGGAGGCCGUCGAAUUGACGAGACAUAGAGGAGGUAGCACUAAGCUCACCUGGGCCACCAUUGACAGAGGGGUGGAAGUUGGGUGUUUGGACCAGGUGGAACAACGUCAGGUACGCCUGCAAAGGCAGAAGAGAAAGGAAAGAGAUGCGACCGCUUCUGGGACCCCGGGAGUAACAAGGAUUGUGACAGACGUAUUGGCACAGCUACGGUAUGCGACAGAGCCAGUGGUGCAAAGAAGGGUGGUGACGGCUGUCAAAGUAAAAGGAAAAAAGCCAGUGAUAGAGGAGGCUGGCCAGGAGGAGCUCUGGGAAGAGGAAGAGCCAGUGCCGCAACACCUGACGAAGGUCCAGCGCAAAGAAAGCCUAGACCAGUUGGGCUCGUUGAACUCGGCAGGGAAUGUGGACGAAAUACCCGAGAGCCAGGACGACGAAUUCGAAGAAGGGAAAAUUAAGGAGGCUUUUCGUGCAGAGGAGUACGACGGGAUCUACCUAGAGCUGGGGCUUCUUCUGUCAUGUGAAAUGCGGCUAAGAGAUGCGAGCGAUACGGCUCAAAGGAUGCUGCAACGCUACUUAGUGCGAGACGGUCACCUUUUCGUGAGAAGGGAAGUGGGGAAUCCCAGGAGGGUCGUUUGCGGUAGGAAUCGUCAGAUCGACGUCGUAGCAACACUACACGAUGGCAUUGCAGGAGGGCAUCGAGGGAUACAAGCCACGUAUACCAAGAUAAGUGAGCUGUACUACUGGGAUGGAAUGAUGGACAUGGUCGGGAAAUUCUAUCGAUCUUGCGUACCCUGCCAGGAGAGAUCCCGUUUAAGGCAGGGAGAGUCGCUGCAUCCAAGGUUAGAGCGAGAGGUAGGGGCCGUAGUGCAUCUCGAUCUGCUUUUUAUGCCACUUGGGGAUCAGGGCUAUAACUAUAUCUUCGAUGCGCGCGAUAACUUGUCUGGGUUCGUAGACGGGCGAGCUAUUCGCACAAAGACCGGGUUAGUCUUGGUGAGCUGCAUCGAGGAGUACUACCUGCGUUAUCCUUUCGUCAGGGAAUUCGUAAUGGACAAGGGAUCAGAGUUUACCUUUCAGGAGGUGCAAGAACUGUUAGCAGUAUAUGGUGUGGCAACCAACUACACCACGGCUGCGCACCCCCAGGCAAAUGCUCCCGUAGAGAGAGGACAUAGUACCAUUACGAACCUCCUGGCCAAAUGGACCGAAGGUAGGCCUAAUCAAUGGCCAAGAUACCUAAGGGCGGCUUUCUUUGUCGAGAACUUUACAGUAAAGAGAUCCACCAAGUACGCACCUGCAACGCUGUGGUACGGAAGGCAUGCCACCUUCCCUAUUGAAAGGUUUUUUAAGACGUGGAGGCGCCGGGAUCUGGAAGUCAACCUGUCAUUUGAAGAGUUGCUCGAUAUUCGGGCGCGGCAGGUCGGGGCGAUAGAAGAAAGGAUCGAAGAGGCAUCUGAUCAGGUGGCGAGAAGCCGUAUGGAUGAUAAGGCCCGAUGGGAUCAAUCUGCGCGAGUGAGGAAAGUACCCUUGGCAAUCGGGGAUGUCGUGCUUCUCUACAAUACGUCGUUGGAGAAGCAGUGGUCCAGGAAGCUCGAUAAGAGAUGGUCUGACUUUACGAAGACAGCCAUGCCAAGAGGAGGGAAGGGGACACGGCCGUCUAAGAGACCGUUGGGCGCAUCAGGAGGAUAUGAGCGGCAUGGGCAUCGCCAACGAGAGAGUACUUCAGUCUACAAUGAUGGGGACAUCGAGCUAUUCCUGGACAGUUUCUGGGAGCAUGCGAGGCGUAUGGGCUGGACCUUCACUCAGGCGAUUGGGAGAUUGAGGGGAGCAGGUAGGUUCGAAGAGCCCAUUGCCAGGAUUCGUAGGGAGGCGACGACGAGGCAAGAGGUGUAGAUAAGGAUGGAGGAGUUGCGACCCUCGCCUGUGGGACCUG